CCUGAACCGCUCACUUGCCAGCCCUUCGCCCCCGGGAAGAAGAAACAUUUUCCCGGAGCGCACUCCUCGGUGCCCGCCCCCCCACCCGCCUCCCCCUCGAGUCGGCGCUCGCCCUCCCCUCCCCCCUGCUCUUUCUUUCUUGGGGGAGGGGGGCUGUGGCCUCGGAUUGAAGGCCAUUGAUUUGUAUGUAUUUGUCCCAGCGCCGGAGGCUGCCCCAGCCGCCCGUGCAGGUGCCGCCGCUGCCAGUGGAGUUGCCUCCCUGCUUCCCUAGGGUGGUGCGGCUCCACCAAACAUGUCGGCUCCUGUCGGGCCCCGGGGCCGCCCGGCUCCCACCCAGGCGGGUUCGCAACCGCCGCCGCAGCCCGAGAUGCCCGACCUCAGCCACCUCACUGAGGAGGAGAGGAAAAUCAUCCUCGCUGUCAUGGAUCGGCAGAAGAAAGAAGAGGAGAAGGAGCAGUCCGUGCUCAAAAAACUGCAUCAGCAGUUUGAAAUGUACAAGGAGCAGGUAAAGAAGUUGGGAGAAGAAUCACAGCAACAGCAAGAACAGAAGGGUGAUGCUCCGACCUGCGGAAUCUGCCACAAAACAAAGUUUGCCGAUGGAUGUGGCCAUAACUGUUCUUAUUGCCAAACAAAGUUCUGUGCCCGUUGUGGAGGCCGAGUAUCAUUACGAUCAAACAAGGUCAUGUGGGUAUGUAAUUUGUGCCGAAAACAACAAGAAAUCCUCACUAAAUCAGGAGCGUGGUUUUAUAACAGUGGGUCCAAUACAGCACAGCAAGCUGAGCAAAAGGCUCUUCGAGGAUCGCGAAGUGAGGAGGCGCCUCGGGAGAAGAAAGCAAAGCUGCAUGAGCAGGCCCAGUUCCAAGGACCCCCAGGUGACUUAUCUGUACCUGCAGUGGAGAAAAGUCGAUCUCAUGGGCUCACAAGACAGGAUUCUAUUAAAAAUGGGUCAGGAGUGAAGCACCAAAUUGCCAGUGACAUAGCUGCAGACAGGAAAAGAAGUCCAUCAGUGUCCAGAGAUCAGAAUAGACGAUACGACCAACGGGAAGAAAGAGAGGAAUAUUCACAGUAUGCCACUUCAGAAAGCGCAAUGCCUAGGUCUCCAUCAGAUUAUGCUGAUAGGCGAUCUCAACGUGAUCCUCAGUUUUAUGAAGAGUCUGAUCAUAUGAACUAUAGGGACUCCAACAGGAGAAGUCACAGGCAUUCCAAAGAGUAUAUUGUAGAUGAUGAAGAUGUGGAGAGUAGAGAUGAGUAUGAACGACAAAGGAGAGAAGAGGAAUACCAGGCACGCUACCGAAGUGAUCCAAAUUUGGCUCGCUAUCCAGUUAAGCCUCAACCUUAUGAAGAACAAAUGCGUAUCCAUGCCGAAGUGUCCCGAGCGCGGCAUGAGAGAAGGCAUAGUGAUGUCUCUUUGGCAAAUGCUGAACUGGAAGAUUCCAGAAUUUCUAUGCUAAGGAUGGAUCGACCGUCCAGGCCAAGAUCUAUAUCUGAACGUAGAGCUGCCAUGGAAAAUCAGAGAUCUUAUUCAAUGGAAAGAACUCGAGAAAUUCAGGGACCAAGUUCAUAUCCACAAAGGACCACAAACCAUAGUCCUCCCACACCACGGAGGAGUCCAAUCCCCAUGGAUCGACCGGACAUGAGGCGUACUGACUCACUGAGGAAGCAGCACCACUUGGAUCCCAGCUCUGCUGUACGGAAAACAAAACGGGAAAAAAUGGAAGCGAUGUUAAGGAAUGAUUCUCUGAGCUCUGACCAGUCAGAGUCAGUGAGACCUCCACCACCAAAACCUCAUAAAUCGAAGAAAGGAGGUAAAAUGCGACAGGUUUCUUUGAGCAGUUCAGAGGAGGAAUUGGCUUCCACGCCUGAAUACACGAGUUGUGAUGAUGUUGAGAUUGAAAGUGAGAGUGUAAGUGAAAAAGGAGACAUGGAUUACCACUGGUUGGACCAUACGUCUUGGCAUAGCAGUGAGGCAUCCCCAAUGUCUUUGCACCCUGUGACCUGGCAGCCAUCUAAAGAUGGAGAUCGCUUGAUUGGCCGUAUUUUAUUACACAAACGUCUGAAAGAUGGAAGUGUACCUAGAGAUUCAGGAGCAAUGCUUGGCCUGAAGGUAGUAGGAGGGAAGAUGACUGAAUCAGGUCGCCUUUGUGCAUUCAUUACCAAAGUUAAAAAAGGAAGCUUAGCUGAUACUGUAGGACAUCUUAGACCAGGUGAUGAAGUUUUAGAAUGGAAUGGAAGGCUGUUGCAAGGAGCCACGUUUGAGGAAGUGUACAAUAUCAUUCUGGACUCCAAACCUGAACCACAAGUGGAACUUGUUGUUUCAAGGCCUAUUGGAGAUAUACCUAGAAUCCCGGAGAGCACGCAUGCCCAGCUGGAAUCCAGUUCUAGCUCCUUUGAAUCUCAAAAAAUGGAUCGUCCUUCAAUCUCUGUUACCUCUCCUAUGAGUCCUGGCAUGCUAAGGGAUGUCCCACAGUUCUUAUCUGGACAACUUUCAAUAAAACUAUGGUUUGACAAGGUUGGCCACCAACUCAUAGUUACAAUUUUGGGAGCAAAGGAUCUCCCUUCCAGGGAAGAUGGGCGGCCAAGGAAUCCUUACGUUAAAAUUUAUUUUCUUCCAGACAGAAGCGAUAAAAACAAGAGAAGAACUAAAACUGUGAAGAAAACAUUAGAACCUAAAUGGAAUCAAACAUUCAUUUAUUCUCCAGUUCACCGAAGAGAGUUUCGGGAACGAAUGCUUGAAAUAACCCUUUGGGAUCAAGCUCGAGUUCGAGAGGAAGAAAGUGAAUUCUUAGGAGAGAUUUUGAUUGAGUUAGAAACAGCAUUAUUAGAUGAUGAGCCACAUUGGUACAAACUUCAGACCCAUGAUGUGUCUUCAUUGCCACUUCCUCGCCCCUCUCCAUAUAUGCCUCGAAGACAGCCCCAUGGGGAAAGCCCAACGCGGAGGUUGCAAAGGUCAAAGAGAAUAAGUGACAGUGAAGUCUCUGACUAUGACUGUGAUGAUGGAAUUGGCGUUGUGUCAGAUUAUCGACACAAUGGUAGAGAUCUUCAGAGCUCAACAUUAUCAGUGCCAGAACAAGUGAUGUCAUCAAACCAUUGUUCACCAUCAGGAUCUCCUCACAGAGUAGAUGUUAUAGGAAGGACUAGAUCAUGGUCACCUAGUGUCCCUCCUCCACAAAGUCGGAAUGUGGAACAGGGACUUCGAGGGACCCGAACAACUACCGGACAUUAUAAUACAAUUAGCCGGAUGGAUAGACACCGUGUCAUGGAUGAUCACUACUCUCCAGACAGAGACAGUCAUUUUCUUACUCUACCUCGCUCCAGAUACAGUAAGACCUUUGAACAUCAUCACAGGGAUGGCAGGGAUUGCGAAGCAGCAAAUAGACAGCCAUAUCACAGAUCCAGAUCAACAGAACAACGGCCUCUCCUUGAGCGGACCGCCACCCGCUCCAGAUCCACUGAGCGUCCUGAUACAAACCUCAUGAGGUCGAUGCCUUCAUUAAUGACUGGAAGAUCUGCCCCUCCUUCACCUGCCUUAUCGAGGUCUCAUCCUCGUACUGGGUCUGUGCAAACAAGCCCAUCAAGUACUCCAGUGGCAGGACGCAGGGGCCGCCAGCUGCCGCAGCUGCCACCAAAGGGAACGCUGGAGAGAAACAAUGGAGUCAAGGAGAUAGAACCUUAUGAAGGUCUGUACUUAAAGGAGGAAGUGGAUUCUACAAGCAGAAGAUAUGCAGGUGCUAUGGAUAUAGAGGAGAGAAAUCGCCAAAUGAAAAUUAACAAAUACAAACAGGUAGCCGGAUCAGAUCCCAGACUGGAACAAGAUUACCAUUCAAAGUAUCGAUCAGGAUGGGAUCCUCAUAGAGGGGCAGAUAACAUUUCCACUAAAUCUUCGGACAGUGAUGUAAGUGAUAUAUCUGCGGUUUCAAGGACUAGUAGUGCUUCUCAUUUCAGCAGCACAAGCUACAUGUCUGUCCAAUCGGAACGACCGAGAGGAAACAAGAAGAUCAGGCCAAAGGGAUUAGAAGAGGGAGGGACUGAAAGGGAUAAGCAUGAAGAGGUAGUUCAUGAGAAGGAAGAAGUAAAGGAAGAAAAAAGUAAUGAGAAAGAGAAAGGGAAAGAAAUUACAGAAACAUGUAAUAAGGAGGAAAACAGAGAAUCAGGAGAUGAGGAAAAAACACCUGAGCAAGGGAAAGAAAAAGAACAAUGGAAUAAAGAGGACUUGCAAAGGAGAUUCUCACAGGAUGAUGACAGGUAAUAUAUGCUAAUUUUGUAGAUAUUUCCCAUUAGUGAUAUAGUUUCUUUUUACUAUUCCUAAAAGUUAUCUUGACAUUUGUAUUUGCCUUGUUGUCUUGUGUUUUAUCUACUUACCUUAUAACAAAAAUUCCUAAUAUUUUUGAAAUUAAGAUCAAAUAGCAUGAUUUAUUCAAUAGUAUUUUACUUAUAGGCACUAGCUCUGACAAUCUAAUAUAUUUGAUUUUAAGAUUUGUGUGAUUACUUCAUUUCAUCCUUAUCUGUAGAUUCUGAAGAUUAUUGAAAAAAUUAAAUAAUGGACUACUUUGUAAGAAAUAUUAUGUAUUAAAAAUACAUGGAAAUGAGUAAGAAAAUAGCUAGCAAACAUAGAUUUUAUUCAGUCUAUGAUUUCUUUAGUUUUCUGCUAACUCCUAAGAUGGUUUCAAUCUUAAGAUCACAAAGCAGCAGCAGAGUGCUAAUACUCUGAAAAGAAAGGCUGGAUGCCAGAGGCUGAUCAGAAGCCAAAUAUGUCAGGCUUUGAGUUUCGUAAAAUUCAAUCAGUUAGAGACUGCUGGACAAAGAACUUUAUGUAGAAGAAAAAGGCAAGAUGUAAACAUAAACAGUGAAGUAUAAAACAACUGCGUUUUUGUUUUUACACUAAGCCACUAAGAAGUGUGAGCUAGUACUGUUUAUGCUACACCCAGUCAGAUCACACAAGUAUGCAGUAAGUCUUCAUCCUUUUGCUUGAGUAGACGAGUUUACUCUGAUUGCAUUUAUAUAAGGCUACAAAUUUCCAACAUGUAUAUGUUGGAGAAUUUGGGUUUCCUAGCAGCCCAGUAUUUGAUUUUAUAUUGAUGCAAAAUCUGCUUUUAAAGCAUAUGUUAUUUUCAAACCAAAUUGUUCUUUACUAUCCCUAAACUCUGUCUCAACUUCUGUAUUUCUCAUAAUUGUUGGGGUAUUUGACUGUUGGUUAUAUAAUUCAGUGAUUUAUAUAGAUAGCUCCCCUUUCGAUUCGAGCAUGUUUAAUUAUAUCUGUACUCUUGGGAAGCUUCUAUAUAGCAGGCAGGCAUUAAACUACAAAUGAACUUUAAGUAAGGCAUAUUCUGUGAUCUGUGCAUUAACUAGUGAUUUCAGUUCUGCUAUUUACCAAACUUUGAUUAUUACAUUUCUUUAUUAAGAAAGCCAUUUUUCUGAUUUGUUGGGCAUAGAUUCAGUUCAUCACAAAUCUCAGAUAAUGCGUUCCAUCUUCCAAGAGUAGAGCAAUUGUGAAUCUUUCAUGAGUUUUAUGUUCCAUAUACUGUGUACAUGAGACUUGGCUCUGUUGAUCUUUACCUGGAGCCAAAAUCUGUGCUAACACACAUGAUUUGGCACACAAAAGGCUGGAAAAUUAUUACUGUAUUCUUUCCUGAUUUUAAAUAUUAUGUUUUUCAUCAUUUUCUUUAGGAAAGGAAUAUAUUAGUUUGUAGGAAAGGAGGAAAGAUAAUAUAUUCUUAGUGAAAUGAUUUAUCAAGGUAUUGUACUGAGUUUAAGUGAUGCUGUAAGAUUUCUGGAAGUAUAAUCUGGAAGAGGUCAGGCUAGUCUCUCGAAGGAGCAUUAAAU